AUGGACAUUAAGAAGCCCACAGACAACAGAAGUGUAAAUGUUUGGUUGGGGCUCCCUAAGCUCUCUGGUGAUAUCAACUGGGAUUCUUAUGCUACCACGAUGAGGACGGCAUUCACACCAAAAACGGGAACAACGUUGGAUUUAAUUCGUCAAAAGAGUAUCAGAAGAUUAGGAUAUACAUAUUCACUAGGUGAUCCCAUUCUGAAUCAGACACAGUACAAUGAUGAGUAUGCUUGGAAACCAUAUUCUAAAGAAAACAUGAUAAAAAAUGAGACUUCAAGAGGACUAAGUAGCCACAGAUCUUAUCCCAAUCAAGACUUCUUUCAGUGGACACUACCUAAAGGGUAUGCAAGGAUGACAUCAAGGACCUGGAUCCCUGCUUCCAUGGAUCAAAUUAGGGAGGCACUAGCCAAUCAGUUUCUUUCCCACACUAAGAGAGAUUUUGUGGAUGCAGCCAAAGUUCAGAAGGUCAAGAAAAGUUCUCCGGUGUUUCUGGAAUGGAAAAAUUUCCUUCCCCAACGUCUAGACACAGAAUUUCGACAGAAUUACCAAAUCCCAGCUAAAAUUCCUGAGUUGCAGGACUUUAGUCUCAGGUAUGGCUGCUAUUCGGGCCUGUCAGUGGCUUCUCAGGGUCUAGUCCCUUCAGUGCUGCACAGCUACAUUAGGAAUCAAGAACGCACAAAGAAGCAGAGCAUAUACCAGAGUGACUAUGGGAAAGCCUACCUGGACUUCUUGAUGAUCUUGAACUCCUUUACUCCCUCUCAAAUCAAUGAGUACCUACAGACUGUUUCCCCCAAAGACAGACAAAUUCUUGACCGUUUCAUUCGUUCUCACUGUGACACCGAUGAGGGAAGAA